AUGGAUCAGAGUCCGGCUGCAUCUCCCCGUGUUUCCCGGGCUUUCAGAGAAGAACUGCUCUGCGCGGUCUGCUAUGACCCGUUCCGCGACGCAGUCACUUUGCAGUGUGGUCACAACUUCUGCCGCAUGUGUGUGAUCCGCUGUUGGGAAGUGCAGCUGGUGCCCACCUGUCCCGUGUGCAAGGACCAAACCUGUGCCACCGAUCUCCGCACCAACCAUACCCUCAACAACCUGGUGGAGAAGCUGCAGCGCGAGGAGGCCGAGGGCGCGCGCUGCACCAGGCACCGAUCCCCGCGCUACUGCCGCCAGCACCGUGCCCCGUUCAGCUUCUUCUGCUUGGAGGACAAGGAGCUUCUGUGUUGCUCGUGCCACACAGACCCCCGGCAUCAGGAGCACCGCGUGCUGCCAGUGAAGGACACUGCUGACGACUUUCGUGUGGAGUCUGUCUGGCUGGAAGGUCAGAUCCGACAGGAGUUUGACAAAGUUCGAGAUUUUUUGAUGCUGGAGGAGCAGACCAUCCUGGACGUCUUGAAUGAGGAGGUGAGACAGAAGCAACAUCUUGCAGAGGAGAAGAUGAAGGAGCUGGAGAAUGAGACCAAGGGCCUGGCCCGCGAGAUUGAGCGUCUGCAGAAGGAAAUGAAAGAAGACGAUGUUUCUUUUCUCAGGAAACACAAAAGCCGGAAACGACGACUCUUCUGCACCAUGGAGCCAGAUCCCAUGCAGCCAGGCAUGGUGCUCAAUGUCUGCAAGUACCUGGACUCCCUGCAGUACCGCAUCUGGAAAAAGAUGGCCACUACAUUCGACUGUGUGCCAUUUAUCUUCGAUCCUAGCACAGCAGCCGGCUGGCUUUCACUCUCUGAGGAUCUCACCACUGUCACCAACUGUGGCUACCGGGUCCAGGUGGAGAACCCGGAACGCUUUACCUUGGCGCCAUGUGUGCUGGGCUCUGCUACGUUUUCCCAGGGUUCCCAUGCCUGGGAGGUGGACCUGGGGGAGCUGCAGGCCUGGCGGGUGGGUGUGGUGCGGGUGCACCCAGAUGGCAGACCACAAGAACUCAUAGACAGCUGUUACCAUGACAUCAACUCGGGUUUCUGGUACGUGUGCCGCGUAGAAGGACCAGAGAUGGACCUCUGCAUGACCUCGGAUUUUUCCUUGCCACCCUUGAUCCUGGACAUACCACGCCGCCUGCGAGUAGAGCUGGAAUGCGAGGAGGGCGAGCUGUCCUUCUAUGACGCGGAGCGUCAGUGUCACCUCUACACCUUCCACGCCCGCUUCGGGUUGGUGCGGCCCUACUUCUACCUGGAAGGCGUGCAAGCCGGCGAGCCAGCAUCACUGCGCAUCUGCCCCCUGCGCAUCACUGUCAGGGAGGAGCUGGACGGCUGA